AUGGGUAAGAAGAGAAAGGCCGGUGGUCGCCCGGCCGCGAGAAAUGCGACGGCGCAGGAACCAACCAAAUUCGACAUCGAGGAGAGAUUCGACGAUUCCGAAGAUGAAUUUCAGGCUGGCAGAGAUCACAUUCUUCUGGAGGAGGCUCCAGACGCAAAACGCCGGCGGAAACUCGUGGAAGAUGAGGAAGUGCUCCAGGCUUCUGACGAGGAAAUUCUCGGUUACGAGUCGGUUGACGAAGACGACGUCGAUGAUGAGGAAGUCGAUGAGGACGAUUAUGACGACGACGCAUUAUUAGGUUUUAAAAAGAAGAGUCGUGGCGGGGCUGAUUCGGAGGAGGAGGAUGAGGGCGGCCUCGCUGCCUGGGGCUCCUCGAAGAAGGAUUUCUAUAACGCCGAUCAAAUCGAAACAGAAGCGGAUGCCUUGGAGGAAGAGCAGGAAGCCAAACGGCUGCAGAAAAAACACCUCGAGACGUUGGAUGAGGCAGACUUCGGCUUUGACGAAUCAGAGUGGGCUGAUACGGGCAAGGACGAAGACGACGGCAAAGAUGAGACCGGCGUGGUAACGGAAGUCUUGCCGCAGUUGGAGAUCACAGAUGAAAUGGGCGAACAGGAGAAACUGAAGAUCCUGAAAUCGAGAUACCCGGAGUUUGAGCCAUUGGCGAAAGACUUCACCGAUCUUCAAGCAACUCAUAAAUCACUUGCGGAGGUUGCCAAAGCUGCUCCCAAGACGACAGCCGAGGACGACAUCCGUCCUGCCCCUGUUGCUGUCAUCAAAUUCCGUGCGCUGUCUUCCUAUCUGGGUGCAAUCAGCAUGUAUUUCAUGCUUUUGUCAUCUGGCAAUGAUGCGAAUGGGAAGCCGGGACCUUUGUCGCCUGCCCAAAUGCGCUCACAUCCCAUUAUGGCCUCUUUGGUUAAAUUUAGGAAGCUCUGGGAAUCCGUGAAAGACCUCACUGCUCCCGAAACACCGGAAAUAAACAACAAGCCCGACAACACCACUACCAAGUCACCUGAAAACGCCCCGACUCCCAAGAAACAAUCGAAGAAGACCAAGGAGCCCCAGCUCUCUGACGAGCGCAAGAAGAACAAGAAACUCUCCAAGGCAGAGCGCGCUGCUCAAGCCGCACAGGCCGAGGCCGAGGCCCGGAGGGCGGAGAGACUCAAGGAGACGGAAGCUAAUCUGGCAGAUCUGUCGAACCUCGUCGCAGCGCCGGGGAAGAAACGUGUCGUCCAGAAGACCGGGCUAUCCGCGAAGGAUUCGGACGAUUCCGACUUUGGCGACGAAGAUGCGCUUACUGCCAAGGAAGCCGAGGAGAAGGCCAAGCAGAAACGCUCCCUUCGCUUCUAUACUUCGCAGAUGGCCCAGAAGGCCAACAAGCGCAGUGCCGCCGGCCGGGAUGCUGGAGGUGAUGCGGAUCUACCUUACCGCGAACGUCUGAAGGAUCGCCAGGCUCGCUUGAACGCCGAGGCCGAGAAGCGUGGUAGACAACAGCCCAAGGGAUCUGAAGUGCUCGGCGGAGACAGUGACGACGAAGACCACCGGGUGGCCAAUGAGCUCCGCGGCGGAGAAUCCGACGACGAUGAUUACUACGACAUGGUGGCUGCACGUUCCAAGCAGAAGAAGGACGAGAAGAAGGCUCGUGCCGAAGCCUAUGCUGCUGCUGCUCGUGAGGGAGGUCAUGUGGAGGUCCAGGAGGAGAUCGGACCGGAUGGCAAGAGAGCCAUCACGUACCAGAUCGAGAAGAACAAGGGCCUGGCUCCCAAGCGCAAUAAGGACUCCCGCAAUCCUCGUGUCAAGAAGAGAAAGAGAUUCGAGGAGAAGAAGAAGAAGCUGGGUAGCAUCCGCCAAAUCUACAAGGGCGGAGAAGGUCCUGGUGGAUAUGGUGGUGAGCUUACUGGUAUCAAGAAGAACGUGGUCAAGAGUGUUAAGCUCUAG